AUGGUCAUCCUGUGCCAAAACAAGGACCCUGCCAUCAAGCUCCGCACCCAGCUGCUCCACGAGCGGCUCGCCCAGUGGCUGGCGCGGCCCGAGCUCCACAAAAGGGCCAGAUUCCUGGAGGAGGCCUACCGCUGCAGGGGUCGAGGAGUGGGCAAGCCCCUCGCCGACUCCCAGGGCGGGCUGCUGGUGGACUUCCACGAGUUCGCUGAGCUGCAGGACGUCCUCACUGAGGACCUGGACGCGCUGCGCUGGCAGCGUGCGGCCAAGCAUGCUCACGGUGAUGGCCUCGGUGGCCGAGGCGACGUCUCCCAGAUCAAGCGCGAGCUGGCACACUGCGCCAUGCAGGGCCACUGGCAGGAGUGGGCCCUCAAUUUAUUGGUGGCGGUGGGCGGGCAGUGGCCCCGCCGGCGACAGGCCGACGCUGGGUACCAGGGUUCCCCGCUCUGCCAGCGCUGCCUCAGCGAAGAGGAGUCCCUGGAGCACCGCAUCUGGCGAUGCCCGUGCAAUGCGGGGAAGCCUGCGUACGACAAGACGGCACACCUCGUCCCAGAGACGCUCAGUGGCAUGGAGAACUGCCCAGCCCCCAGCCCUGUGGCUCGGCAGCAUCGGCCCCGCCGCUAA